AGAGAGAGAGAGAGACAAACAUAUGUCAAGUUCAAUCCACCAACUACCUCCAACGUGGGGGAAAAAUAUGCAUAAUUUUUGGUUUGUUUCCUAUUGAAUGCAUUUCUCAGCCUGUCUGGCUGCGUUGGUUUCCCUGGGACUGAACCCUGAAGGAGAAUAAGUGGGUCUUGGUGCCGGAUCAGACCAGACCAGGACAGAGAGGAGGAGACCACUCGCUGUCCGCUUGUUUUGAUAAGCAGAGACAAGAAGAGACUGCUUUGGGUGGACAAGUCAGGCUGAAAUCUCAGCUGCUGCGCUGUAACAGCCGCUGCUGCCUCUCUGGAUCUAACACUGCAUGUCCAGCAGUUUGGUCGCCCUGGGCUUCGAGGCUUUGGGGCUUCCAGGCUUUGCCCUGCAGGGUGAUUACGGGCUUACGCUGAAGAAUAUUAGCCAUAGCGUUCAUGUCAGCAAUAACAAGGCGGAGAUGCGCUGUUGUCAACAUCAUUAGGGCUGAGGCGCUUCGCGGCGGGGAGCGUCAGGACUGGCGAAUUCAGCUUCAGGUGAAAUCCAAGCGAGUUGGCUAGUUAAAGGACACAGUUCUGGUCACUUCACAGCCAUAACCUGCGAGCAUACAGUGCUCGUCCGAGCCGGGACGCUGUGUGACCAGUCAGAGGCACAGUAAUUAAAGCCCGACUCCCUUUUUUGGGUGAUCGGAGCAGAAUUUGGCGAAGGACAUCCACACCAACGCUGCUGUAGCAGCCGAACCUGUAGCAGCCGCUGUCUGGCGUUCGCCUAACCCGCGAUAGUUGAUUUAUCAGCGCUAAACGCGCCGGGUCGCGCCUGCGUCCGCACAAGAAGCACGUUUAUAGGGCUUACACGCGGCUUUAGCGCCGUGCGGGGAACGUUCUGUUUGUUUAACCCCCGUCAGGGCUAAGCUAAGCUAGGCUAAGCUAGGCUACGCUAAGUUUGUUUUGGCCCGGGCGAGCUAAGCUAAGGCUAAGCUAAGCUAAGGCUAACUAAGUUAAAAGUGGACGGUCGCGGUCGAACAAGUGGGUCAAGCGGGUCAAGUGGGUCGGGGAAGCGAAGAGAUGAAAACCCAGCCAGGCUCGAUAAGCGAAGUCGUGCGCACGCGUUUUGCUUCGUGUCGACUGUUGGGUUUCUCCGGGUGAGCUAAGGCUAAAGCUAAGGCUAAGGCUAACGGGCAGCGCUAGCGGCGAAGUGAACACGUUGAACUUUCAUCUCCGCCCAUUUUUUUGGGGACCGACGAGAUUUUUGUUGAAGUUUGGAGCCUAAAUUCUCUCUAAUAAACAGUUUUCCGGGCCGUUUCCGGACGGGAUUCCCGGCCACCGUGUUCCGUCAGCAGGAGUGACCGCGUUUAAAGCGGGUUUUGUUCAGGAUGCAGCUGCGGACCUCGGCUGCUUUGGUUCUGACCCUGUUCGCCGUGUGGAGCUGCCAGCGGACCAGCGGAGAGAUUUGUCCGAGUAAAGACAUCAGGAACAAUGUGACCAACCUGCGUUCCCUGGAGAACUGCACGGUGAUCGAGGGCCACCUGAAGAUCCUCCUGAUGUUCACCACGAAGCCGGAGGACUUCCGCGGCCUGAGUUACCCCAAGCUGACGGUGGUGACGGACUAUCUGCUGCUCUUCCGGGUUUACGGCCUGGAGAGCCUCAGCAACCUCUUCCCGAACCUGACGGUGAUCCGCGGGAACAACCUGUUCUUCAACUACGCGCUGGUGCUGUUCGAGAUGCUCCAGCUGAAGGAGGUGGGCCUGCACAGCAUGAUGAACAUCACCCGCGGCGCCGUGCGAGUGGAGAAGAACCCGGACCUCUGCUACCUCUCCACCCUCGACUGGUCCAAAAUCCUCGACUCCGUGGAGGACAACUACAUCGUGGCCAAUAAGAAUGACGGAGAGUGCGGGGACGUGUGUCCCGGCAUGGCUAAAGGCAAGACCACCUGCCCUCAGACCACCAUCAACGGACACUUCAGUGAGCGCUGCUGGACGCAGAAGCACUGCCAGAGAAUGUGUCCGUCCUCCUGUAAGCACCGCGCCUGUACCAAGGAUAACCAGUGCUGCCACGAUCAGUGCCUGGGCGGCUGCCUGGAGCCGAACUCUCCCAGCAAAUGCGUGGCCUGCAGGAACUUCCUCCACCAGGGGGUGUGUGUGGAGAGGUGUCCCCCGGGGUUCUACACCUUCAAAGGCUGGAGAUGUGUGGACUUCGCCUUCUGCCAGGCUCUGCACAACAAGUGCAAGCAGGGCAAGCAGGGCAAGGGCGGCGAGUGCCACGAGUACGUCAUCCACCAUGGGGCGUGCAUCCCAGAGUGCCCGUCAGGAUACACCACCAUCAACUCCACCACGUUGAACUGCACUCCCUGUGCGGGGUUGUGUCCUAAAGUGUGUAUGGGGCUGAAGACGGUGGACUCUGUGACGGCAGCGCAGGCGCUCAGAGGCUGCACGGUGCUGAACGGCAGCCUGGUCAUCAACAUCAGAGGAGGAAAUAACAUAGCGGCGGAGCUGGAGGCCAACCUGGGUCAGCUGGAGGAGAUCACGGGCCAUCUGACCGUCCGCCGCUCGUACGCCCUCGUCUCCCUCUCUUUCCUCCGCAAACUCAGGCUCAUCCGCGGAGAGACGCAGGAAGUCGAGAACUACUCGUUCUACGCCCUGGAUAACCAGAAUCUGCGGCAGCUCUGGGAUUGGUCCAAACACAACCUGACCAUCCUGCAGGGCCGCAUUUUCUUCCACCACAACUCCAAACUCUGCAUGGCUGAAAUACACAAGAUGGUGAACAUGACGGGGGCCAAAGACCGACAGGUCAAGAACGACAUCGCCUCCAAAACCAACGGAGACCAGGCGUCCUGUGAGAACCAGACGCUGAAGUUCACGACGAUCCGCACACUGUCCGACAAAAUCAUCAUCAAAUGGGAGGCGUUCUGGCCUCCAGACUUCAGAGACCUGCUGGGCUUCAUGGUUAUGUACAAGGAAGCGCCCUACAGGAACGUGACGGAGUUUGACGGGCAGGACGCCUGCGGCUCUAACAGCUGGGUGAUCGCAGACGUGGACCCGCCGCUCAGAGCCACGGAAGGUAAAGAGCAGCAGGAGCCGGGAUACCUCAUCCUGGGCCUCAAGCCCUGGACGCAGUACGCCAUCAUGGUGAAAACUCAGCUCUCCGCUUCAGAUGAACACCAGGUCCACGGAGCCAAGAGCGAAAUCAUCUACAUCCGCACCGAUGCCACCAAGCCGUCGGUGCCGCUGGAUCCCAUCUCCUCCUCUAACUCCUCCUCUCAGAUCAUCCUGAAGUGGAAGCCGCCCAACGACCCCAACGGGAACAUCACUCACUACCUGGUGUACUGCCAGCAGCAGCCCGAGGCCAGCGAGCUCUACAAGUUCGACUACUGUCAGAAAGGUAUGAAGCUGCCGUCUCGAGCUCCGACGCAGGUGGACAGUGGAGAGGAGCAGAAGUGGAAUCAGACGGAGGAGCAUGGCCAGGCGGGGCGCUGCUGUGCCUGUCCUAAAACAGAGAAACAGCUGAAGAAGGAAGCUGAGGAGUCAGAGUACCGUAAAACCUUUGAGAAUUACCUGCACAACGAGGUGUUCAGGAUCAGGCCAUCCCGGCAGCGCAGGUCCCUCAUGGGCGUGGCUAACAGGACCUCUGACUUUCUGACCACGCCCUUUGUUCCCCCCAACACCUCAGCCACGCCCAGUCCAGAGGAGGAGGCAGAAGCCAACAAGAUCACUCAGCUUGUCUACGCUAAAGAGUCCACGGUCAUCUCCAACCUCAGACACUUCACCAGCUACCAGAUCGAGGUCCACGCCUGCAACCACCUGAGCGACCCCACCCGCUGCAGCAUGGCCGCAUACGUCAGCGCCCGCACCAUGCCUGAGGAUCAUGCCGAUGACAUCGUGGGGCCGGUCAACUUCGAGGUCGUGGACUAUUCGGUCCAUAUCAGGUGGAUGGAGCCAAAAUCCCCAAACGGCAUGAUCAUCCUGUACGAGGUCAACUACAGGAGGCUGGGAGACACGGAGGAGCUCCAUCACUGCGUGUCCAGAAAGAGCUACAUCAGUGACGGCGGCUGUAAGCUGAGAGUGGUGCAUCCCGGGAAUUACACGGUGCGGGUUCGAGCCACUUCGCUGGCGGGGAACGGAUCCUGGACGGAACCCACACACUUCUACGUGCAGGACCCCCGUGUGGACCCAUCCAACAUGCUGAAGAUUGUGAUAGCCCCGGUCAUCUGCGUCGCCCUGCUGCUGAUGUUAUUGGGCGGCUUCGCCAUGUUCAAAAAGAAGCAAACUGAAGGGCCGACGGGACGUCUGUACACCUCACCCAACCCGGAGUACCUCAGUCCAGACGAAGUGUACGAGCCGGACGAGUGGGAGGUUCCUCGGGAGAAGAUCAGUCUGCUGCGUGAGCUCGGUCAGGGCUCCUUCGGCAUGGUGUACGAAGGUAUAGCGAAGGACAUCGUGAAGGGAGAGUCGCAGACGCGCGUGGCCGUCAAAACCGUCAACGAGUCGGCCAGCCUGCGGGAGCGCAUCGAGUUCCUCAACGAGGCCUCCGUCAUGAAGGCCUUCAGCUGCCACCAUGUGGUGAGGCUGCUGGGUGUGGUCUCUAAAGGCCAGCCCACUCUGGUGGUGAUGGAGCUGAUGACCCAUGGAGACCUGAAGAGCUACCUGCGCUCCCUCAGACCGGACGCUGAGAAUAACCCCGGCCGGCCGCCCCCCACACUGAAGGAGAUGAUCCAGAUGGCGGCGGAGAUCGCGGAUGGCAUGGCCUACCUGAACGCCAAGAAGUUUGUGCACAGAGACCUGGCGGCCCGGAACUGCAUGGUGGCCGAGGAUUUCACCGUGAAGAUCGGAGACUUUGGCAUGACUCGAGACAUCUACGAGACGGACUACUACAGGAAAGGUGGGAAGGGUCUGCUUCCGGUCAGGUGGAUGGCUCCGGAGUCGCUGAAGGACGGAGUCUUUACUGCCCACUCGGACUGCUGGUCGUUCGGCGUGGUCCUGUGGGAGAUCAGCACAUUAGCUGAGCAGCCGUAUCAGGGUCUGUCCAACGAGCAGGUGCUGAAGUUCGUGAUGGACGGUGGAUACCUGGACCGGCCGGACAACUGCGCUGACCGGCUACACAACCUGAUGCAGAUGUGUUGGCACUACAACCCCAAGAUGCGUCCCACCUUCCAGGAGAUCAUCGAGAUGCUGAAGGAGGAGCUGCACCCGUCCUUCCAGGAGGUCUCCUUCUUCUACAGCGAGGAGAACAAGCCCCCGGAGAGCGAGGACUUCGACAUGGACAUGGAGAACAUGGAGAGCAUCCCUCUGGACCCUUCGUCCUACUCCCAGCGCGAGGGCAGCGCCGACGGGGACGAGGGGUCUGCCGUGGGCCUGAGGGGAAGCUACGACCAGCACGUGCCCUACACGCACAUGAACGGCGGAAAGAAAAACGGACGCAUUUUAUCCCUCCCUCGCUCCAGUCCCACCUAACGCCGCCCCCGCCCUCCCGCCAGACAAGCUACGCUAGAUUCAUUCGUUCUUUUAUACGGUCACUUUUAUCACACACUAGCUCCACGGUGCCCUCGGACAGACAGCGAGACACUCAGGACUUUCAUUUCCCAUUUUUUCUCCGCUGUACCACAGUGCAGGGUGCCACCCAUUCAUUUCUCUUUUUGUAUUUAAAGAAGACGACGAAGGAAAGUGCACAUCGGCACCUGCUUCCCUGUUUUAAUAUUGCCAAGUUUCCAGAACUAAAUGGAGCAAACUGUGAAUCUGAACCUCAGACAACCAGACGGCUGCUUACGAACCCCCUCCAGACUCUUCCCUCUCCUCCUCCAGCUGCGGCUUUCCCUCCAAAAAAAACGAAAGAAGACGAGGAAGACGGAAAGCAACAUUAAAAGUGGCCUUAUCGUAUUUGUGGCCUGUGUCGAGGUCUUUUGUAUUGAAGGUGGACGUCCUAGAACAAACUGCUAAAGGCUCCAGGAGCCUCCACUUCUCUCUCUCUCUCUCUCUCUCUCUCUCUCUCUCUCUCUCUCUCUCUCUCUGUCCGUCUGUUUAUCUGUCUAUCUAUCUGUCUGUCUGUCUGUCUCUCUCUCUUCAGUAUUUCACAUCACACAGAGAAUGCGCCGCUAUAUGGACUUUGUCUUAUUUAUUUUGCUUUUUUUUCUUCUUCUUUUUUUUUUUUUUUUUUUGUUUUGAAACAUUUACAGCUGAAGGAUAUCAAACCCGUAUUUUCAGGACAUUUGGACAGAAACAGUUCCUCAGAUUGACCAGUAGUUGCUGCUUUGAUAUAUUUUAGUAGACAUAGAUGAUGAAAAAAAGUAUAUAUGAAUAUAUUAUUGAUGUUUUUUUGUUUUUUGUACAUAGUCAACGUGUCGUCGUUGAAGAGCUAUUGCCGGUUGUAGAAAUGUUUUUACAUGUUUAUUUUUUGUCUGUCUGCCUGUGACCUUUAUUUUUUUCUAAUUCAGAAAUCGUACUAAUCCCGUUCUGAAGCUCUGAGCCGCUCGCUCAGGUGGACGUAUUGUAGACGGCUUCGGAUGUCAACACUUGAUAUCGAUUGAAAUUACUGCUGUUAAUAAAGCAGCGAGGUGCAUUCGAGACGAGA